CACACCACGGCCAAUCAACGAGGACAAAUCCGUCAACAACCCCAAACUCUGCAACUUUCCCCACUCUGUUUAUAAGACCUGACCUUCCCCAAGGUCGCGUACGAAGAAGGAGAAGCCAUUAACGAUUCCCAUUCCCAUUCCUCCACAGCGCAAAAUGGAAGAACAAGUGGAAACAUUAGGGAAGUCAUUCGUGGAUCACUACUACCACCUCUUCGACGCCGAUCGAUCCUCCCUGUCGUCCCUUUACCAGCCCACCUCCAUGCUCACCUUCGAAGGCCAGAAGUUCGUCGGCGCCGCAGACAUCACCGCCAAGCUCAGAGGCCUGCCGUUCGACCAAUGCAAGCACGCCGUCAGCACCAUCGAUUCGCAGGCUGCCGCGGCCACGGGUGGCAUCGUGGUGUUCGUCAGCGGCAGCCUGCAUCUGCUGGGCGAGGAGCAUCCCCUCCGAUUCAGCCAGGUUAUGUUUCACUUGCUUCCGACGAUCCACGGGACCUUCUUCGUGCAGAACGACAUUUUCCGGCUUAAUUAUGGUUGAUUCGUUAACUUGCUUGAUUCGUGUUUCGAUCAUUUCAUUCUGUGUUGUUGUAAUGUGUAAAACUGGACCUUGAAUUUGAAUCUUUGCCAAUUGGAUAUAUUGUGGUUUUCUG